AUGGCUAAAAAUGGUGGGGGAGCAUGGAAUUUGGUAGCAGCAGAUGAUCCAAGUGAUUGGAAGGAAGAGUUUGCAUUCCUCAAAAGCUUAGAUUCUGGACUUCGUUGUGAUCUUUGCUUCGAUAUAUAUACCGCUCCCGUUUCGAUAAAGGAUUGUAGCCAUACCUUCUGUUCAGCAUGCGUUCGAAAUGCGAUCAAUAAACCGGGAGAAGAAAUGAGUGGCAAAUGUCCAAAAUGCAUGAUCAAAAAUGUGUACGAUUCUAGCUUGUUACCUCAGCCAACGUUGGAGAAUGUUGCUUUGCAAUGGAGAAAUGCGAGAACGCAAUUGUAUGAUAUGCAACAAGCAAGACUGCAAGAACAAGCAGCUCGAGCAAGUUCUUCGACCAAUGGGCAUAUAACUGGAAAACGUGCAAGAGAUGAAGUUGAACGAUCUUCUUCUCCCUCUUCUCCACAUCUUCGGCGUUCAAAACGAAGCACAUCAGCUCGGAAAGCAGGUACACCAUCUUAUGCUGAACAUGUCACAAUUGACGAUAGCAGUCAAGAUGAAUAUGAAGACAUACAAAGCUCUGAACCCGAAACAAAGACGUCUACCCCUCAGCCUGCUCAUCAGCAGAACAAAAUCGACACGAAAGACUACAGGCAAAUAGGAGCGAGCGAUCUGGUGCAAUGCCCAAUGUGUCAGCAUACAUUCACCUAUCGUGCCCUGAACAUUCAUUUGGACAAAGGCACAUGUAGUCCAAAUGAUCCGGAACCUUCCCCGCAAGAGAGAGGACUCACUGCUCAAAAAGUCGGCAAUGCAACAUCUACCAGCGCCUGGCUCAAUCCCGCUGGUUUUGCAACACUAACUCCAGGCAAUUCAUCCAAAGCAACCAUCAAAGAAGAUCGACGAAAGAAGCUGGUGAGGCCGGCAUACGAUAUGCUAAAGGUAAACGAUAUCAAGAGACUUUUGCGGGAUUGGCAGCUAAAUUCUGCGGGGAAUGAUCGAAAAAGAAUGGUGGAAAGACACAGGAAAUGGAUCAAUCUAUUCAAUGCUAACCUUGAUGCUUCGGAACAGGUGCGAAAAAGCAAUGCUAGCUUACGUCAAGAGUUGGAGCAAUGGGAAAGAGCGCAAGAUGAGGCCAGUAAUGGGCUUUCUGAAAAACGUGCAAAGACAUGGGCAAUGGAUCACAAGAAUGAUUUUGCUACUUUGGCAAAAUUGGCUCGGGAAACGCAUUUGCGUGAUCGUUCGAAGCAUUUGGAAGAGAAGAAAGCAAAAGAGACAGAAGAAGCAAAAAGUUCAACGGGAGUAGAUGAGGGACCGCAAACCGUACCGAUGAACUCGGAGCACAAUAUCAAUACAUCCAUACCCCGGGAGGAAAUACAAGAUGGAAACAUAGAAUGA